UGGGAACACCUAGUCUUUCUGGCAACCGCCUGGUCCAACCGGAGGUGAUUCAAAGAAAUCACUCGUUUUCAAAUCAAAAAUAUCAAAUCAAUCACUGAUCUCUCCGUUGACCAAAGAAAUGGUGAUGGAGAAGCCAAGUGCCCAGCUGGUCGGGCGAGAGUUUGUCCGACAGUAUUACACACUCCUCAACCAGGCUCCUGAUUACCUGCACAGGUUUUAUGGAAAGAACUCUUCCUAUGUGCAUGGUGGUCUAGACAGCAAUGGCAAGCCAGUAGAGGCUGUUUAUGGACAAUCUGAGAUCCAUAAGAAGGUGAUGGCUCUGAGUUUCAGGGACUGUCACACAAAAAUUAGACAUGUGGAUGCCCACGCCACCCUGAACGAGGGCGUGGUUGUGCAGGUGAUGGGGGAGCUGUCCAACAACAUGCAGCCCAUGAGGAAAUUCAUGCAGACCUUUGUUCUGGCACCUGAGGGCACCGUUGCAAACAAGUUUUACGUCCACAAUGAUGUGUUCCGUUACCAAGAUGAGGUGUUUGGCGACUCUGACUCUGAGCCUCCUGAAGAGUCUGAGGAUGAAGUGGAGGAGAUUGAAGAGAGGGUUCCCUCUCCUGAUGUGGCCCAAGAGGAGUCUGCCACCUUCUACCAACAGACUCCUUGUCCGGAGCCAGCAGUUCCGGGCGAGGAGGAGGAAGGAACAGUGACUAGUCCUGAGCCAGAGCCUGAGGCAGAGAAGGAGGCUGAAGUGGCUGCAGUGGAGCUGAAGUCUGAGGUGCUGCUGGAGACACAGGCAGAGACGCAGACAACAGAGGAACAGACCGAGAAAAGCCCUGCCCCACCCACAGCAGAACCCACCCCUGUGCCCGCUGAACCCACCCCCACCGCACCAGAGGAAAAUAGGCCAUUCUCAUGGGCGUCAGUCACCAGUAAGAAUCUUCCUCCCAGUGGGGCUGUACCUGUCUCGGGCAUCCCCCCACACGUCAAAGUUGCUCCAGCAGCACCACCAAGAGUGGAGGUGAAGACAGAAUCCCAGUCAACAGCACAGAGACCACAGAGAGACCAGAGGCCCAGGGAACAGAGGCCUGGAGGACCUCCGCCUGUGCACAGGGGACCCAGGCCAGUGCGUGAGGGCGAGCAGGGUGAGUCAGAGGUGCGAAGGGUGGUCAGGUACCCCGACGCCCACCAGUUGUUUGUCGGGAACGUCCCUCACGACGUGGACAAAGCGGAACUCAAGGAGUUCUUUGAACAAUAUGGUACAGUGCUGGAGCUGAGGAUCAACAGUGGAGGAAAGCUACCAAACUUUGGCUUUGUGGUGUUUGACGACUCUGAGCCCGUGCAGAAAAUCCUCAGCAACAGGCCCAUCAAGUUUCGGGGUGAUGUGCGUCUCAAUGUGGAGGAGAAAAAGACACGCUCGGCCCGAGAGGGGGACAGACGGGACAUCCGACCCAGAGGCCCUGGCGGGCCUGGGGGGCCCAGAGAAAGGAUAGGAGGUGGGGGCCCCCGGGGACCCCCUGCUCGGGGCGGCAUGGCACAGAAGCCAAGCUUCGGCUCUGGACGUGGUGCAGGGCCCAGCGAUGGGCGCUACUCGGGCCAGCGCCAGUGAGACCGUGUCGUCUCCGGUGGAUGGGGCCCAAACCUGAGUCAAAUUACUUUUUUUGAAAUGGAUUCCAUUUACUUCUGAGAGGUUUAUUGGUCAUGUCUGGUAUGGCGAGAACCAAUUGGACCAGCACAAUGUACAGAUAACGGAAACCCUGCUUGCCUUCUGUUUUGCAUCUAGAAGGAGCAAAGGCAAGGAGGUCCCUUCCAAAUCAACUAGUCACAAUUUGUUGUGGUUAGAAAUGCUGGGCCCUCGAUUUCUGUCUGUGAUGACAUUGUCUCCUCCUUGUUUUUCUUCCCAGCCUGACAUCUAAAUAGGCCAAAGGAGAAAACGUAGAAGUAAUUUUUUGAUUUCCGUUAGUAAUUGACCCAGGUUUGGUUGAGAGCCUCUGAACACCAUUUCCCGCCAGCUCCUGCUGAGGUCAACAGCCAAUCUUGACAUCUCUGUCCCCCACAAAGAUGGCUAAUCCCCCACCCACAUACCUUUUCUUUCUUCCUCACCCACUGCUUUUUGUUUCCUGUCCCAGGAUUCUAGAAUGUCACUCCUCUUCCUGCUGUCCCCCUCUGCCCUCCUCCAACACACAUGAAUGACCUGGACUUUUUCUUUGUUUUUUCAUUUUGUUUUUUUUUUUCCAUGCUGAACUUGAAUUUGUUAAGCAAAAUCAAAACACGCAAACACAAGAAAAAAAAAGGGUAAAAACUACUUGAAUUGGGGAUUUAAAAACCCAGAGGUUAGGCUUUCGCGUUCUCUCUCCCUGUUUCUUAAAGGAACGUGUACUUUACUGCUUGGGCAAUCCUGUGUAUUGCUACCACCGUUGUAUCUAGCGAUGGAUGGGUCUUAUCUUUUUAUUCUAUUCCGUCAGGUAAAGAAGCGAACUAUUCGUUUUUAUUUGAGUUGUAAUGUUUGCUUGUAAUAUGUGGAUUCAAUGACGCGUCUGAAUGGUUUCAUAGAGCAUGUAUCAAAUCCUUUUAGCCUUUUACCGAUGCACUUCAUCUGUCAUCAUGUAAAAAAAAAGCUCACCCACCGUUGAGAGAACUAAAUAAAGUGAUUUACUGUUUUAAGCCUUGCCUCUGUUUUGGUAACUUCAUACUGAUGGUUUGUUGCACAAAAUCAGAACUGACCAUCUGAACACAGAAUUUGUUCACAUAUGGCCUACAACAUACUGACUUGGGGAAAGUGAAAGACAUAAUUGAGGCAAAAUAUAAUACCCUUAAAACAAGAUAAGUAACCCGAUUGUUUGGUUCACAAAACUGCCCCUGCAGAUUGAAACCUUUUGAUAAUGAAUGAAACCUAAUGUAAGGACUUUUUUGUCAAACUCAACAAAAAAAAAAUUCAGGCAAGGGCUAAAUAUUCCAGCCCACCCCAGUGAAAAGCACAAUUUUCCAGUUAUGUAGGUAGUUUGAGAUGCAUUUUUGUGUGAUUAAUAAUUAA